AUGGUGAAGACCAACACAAAGAGGGAGGAGGCACGUUCCGCGAGGCUGCAGCAGCUCCCACAGUCCGAGCGACUCGCGAAGAGCGCGAUGCUCAAAAAGCGGGAGGGGCGGGUCCUCAACGCCUCGGAGAAGCAUGCCAUGAAGAUGUCCUCUGAGUACGGUGAGAUCAUCCGCCUGUGGGAGGUGCUGCGUGUGUCCACCGAUCCCGCACGGGAUGACGCUGCAGCAAAGAGCCUGGAAGAGCGCAAGAUGGAUCGCUACGAGUAUAAAUACCCCACGGUGGAUCGCUUGAUGAAACUUAUUGAGCCGAAGUUUGCCACAUACGCAAAGACACCCCGCGUCAGUCGUGUUAUACAGUCGAUGAUCAAAUACGCAUCCGUAAGUCAACUCGAGCAUAUACUCAAGCUUGUGUCGGAGGAUUUUGCUGCUCACGCAACUGAUGCAUAUGGCCAUUUUGUUGUGGUUGCGUUGAUUCGUCACGCACCGCAUAGCUUGCUGGACAAGAUCUUUUCUCAAAUGAUUCCCACAGUGCCGUCAUUGGUGUCGCAUAGGUUUGGCAUUGAGGUGCUCCACGCGGCUUACAGCAACCGCCUCUGUACAGCGACGAACCGUCACCUUCUCAUACUGGCGGUUCUGAAGGACAGUGUUGCCGUGAUGAAGCGGUGGAAGGGGUACCCUGUUUUGGAGGAGGUCCUUCAGCAUGAGACGGCACAGCGGAAGCGUCUUCUUGUGCGACUCUUUGAGUUGUGCGAUAAACUUGUCUCUCAGAAGGGUGCUGUGUCGUUCCCGUUUGUGCAGAGGCUGGUCGCAGCGUAUAUGAAUAACGGGACAAAGGAUGAGGUGAGUGAGCUGUGUGAUACUCUCCGACCACAUCUGGCGACGUUGUGUACCACUCGUGAGGGUGCCCCGUUGGUGUCACUUACCUUCUCCCUCACGGAGCCAAAGAAACGCAAGGAGGUGCUGCGGGCCUUCUCGGAUAACCUUGGCAGCCUUGCAGUUGGAAAGUACAGCGCGCCUGUCAUUGCGCGUCUCUUCGAUCUCGUAUACGAUGUGCAGCUUCUGCGCAAGUACAUUGUGAAUGACGUUGAAGCACACAUCACACAGCUCAUUAACAGCCCUUUUGGCCACCAAAUACUCCUGCACCUCCUCUCGCCACAUGCGGAGCGUAAGGCCAAGUUCCUUCUUCCCAACUGGUUCCAGCACAACCUGUUUUCUCUGGAGAACGACCGGUGGAACCUCCACACAUGGCUCACGCACGAGUACGUGGAGGAGACGGUAGAGAUAUGCUCCAAGAGUGCCCUCAACACACACCUCGCCGUGCUGCCUUCUAUCGUAAGGCGUUUCAUCGAGGUCGCCGGCGAUUCCACAGCGGUGGUGAAGUUGAACAAGCACUUCACCGGCCUUAUUGCGAGAGAGGUGCUAACCGUCGAUGAGACGGAGGCGGCGUAUAGGAAGGCACUCCAGCUCUCAGAGGCCGACAAACAGCUGCUCGCACGUCUGGCACCUUGUAAGGAAAAUAAGCGGCCCCGUAGCGAGGAUGCGGAUCCUCCAGCGAGCGCAGCACCGCACCAGAAAACAAAGGCACGAAAAAUCGACAGGAGCUCUGCAUCCGGGGCGCUGAAGUGCGGUGGAGAGUCUAAUCACUCGGGUACAGGCACAGUUCCAAGGAAGAAGGACAAAGUUGUCACGAAGAAGGGAGGUAAGACCAAUGAAGGCAAGGUGAAGGCAGUGCGUACGAAAUAA